AUGCAGCCUCUCAUCCUCUACUCUCAUCGCGCCGGUCCCAAUCCGAAGAAGGUCCGAAUGAUCCUCGAAGAACUCUCCAUCUGUUAUCAAGUCAAGGUUCUUGAAUUCCCGGAAAUGAAGAAACCCCCUUUUCUUUCUAUCAACCCAAAUGGCCGAGUCCCCGCUAUCGUCGACCCUAACACGGAUGUCACAUUAUGGGAGUCCGGCGCAAUCAUUGAAUAUCUAGUUGACAUGUACGAUAAGGAUCGAAAAAUCAGCUUCACACCCUUUUCACCGGAAUACUAUCAAGCGAAGCAGUGGCUGCAUUUUCAGAUGUCCGGACAAGGCCCUUAUUUUGGUCAAGCAGUGUGGUUCAAGGUCCACCACCCAGAGUUCAUUCAGAGCUGCUAUGACCGUUAUGUCAACGAGAUUCGCAGAGUCGCCGGGGUUAUGAAUAGCGUGUUGGAGAAGCGGGCAUAUCUGGUUGGAGAAAAGUGCAGCUACGCGGAUCUCUCCUUUGUGAUUUGGUUUCAAUUUGUGCCUUGGAUCACGGAUAACAAACUAGAUUUGGAGCGGGAAUAUCCUUACUUGAACACUUGGCUGAACUCUAUGAGAGGUCGUCCUGCGAUUAGAGACGUGUUGGGUGGUGAAACAGCGCUGCCGGAGACUGCUAGGAAGGAGUAG